GCAUGUGCCUGAGCUCGGAGAAGUGAAACUAACCCCGUUCCACCCUCCUUUGGAGCCAUGGCUGCUGAGAGCUGUGUAGAAAACCUCCGGGAUGAAGCGACCUGCUCCGUCUGCCUGGACUUCUUCAGGGAUCCGGUGAUGAUCGUGGGCUGUGGGCACAACUUCUGCCGAGCCUGCAUCACCCAGUGCUGGGAGCGAUUGGACAGAGAUGUCACCUGCCCUGAGUGCAGACAGACCUUUCCACAAAAGAGCCUCCAGCCAAACAGGCAGCUGGCAAGUGUUGUGGACAUAGCCAGGAGGCUGCGUGUGCAGAAAGCCGAGGGAGCCGGAGGGCAGCGAGUGUGUGGGGAGCACCAGGAGGCUCUGAAACUGUUCUGCCAAGACGAUGAAAUCCCCAUCUGUGUGGUGUGCGACCGAUCCCGGGCGCACCGAUCUCACACCGUGGUUCCCCUAGAAGAGGCCACUGAAGAGUACAAGGAAAAACUUCAAGCCCAUUUGAAGACUCUGAGGAAAAGAAAAGAAAAGCUCCUGGGAUUAAAACAGACUGGAGAAGGGAAAAUCCAGGAAUCCCUGAAACAGGCAGGAGCCGAGAGGCAGAAGAUUGUGUCUGAGUUUCAGAAGCUGCACCAGCUACUACAGGAACAAGAACAACUCCUGCUGGCCCAGCUGGGAGAGCUGGAGAAGGAAGUUGCAAAGAUGCAGAAGGAAAAGGAUACCAAACUCUCUGAGGAGAUUUCCCAUCUCAACGAGUUGAUCAGCGAGAUGGAGGUGAAGUGCCAGCAGCCGGCGAGUGAGUUCCUGCAGGAGAUCAGAAAGACCCUCAGCAGGUGUGAGAAGGGGGAGAUCCCACGGCCAGUGCCAAUUUCUCCUGAGCUGGAAAGGAGACUCCAGGACUUCUCCCAGCAAACCCAUGCCCUGACAGAAACUUUGAGGAAGACCAAAGAUAUUCUGCUGUCUGCCUGGGAGCAAAAAAGUGGGGAUCUGCAGGGUUCACACACCAAGGUGGCAGUGACUCUGGCUCCAGACACAGCUCAUCCCUGUCUUGUCCUGUCUGCGGAUCGAAGAAGUAUGAGAUGGAAACAGGCACGGCAGCCUCUGCAAAAUAAUCCUGAGAGGUUUAACUUUGCGUACUGUGUGCUGGGCCAUGAGGGAUUCACCUUGGGGAAACACUGCUGGGUGGUGGAGGUGAGGAAGGCGGAUUGCUGGGCUGUGGGGGUUGCCAAAGAGUCUGUGAGGAGGAAGGGAAAGUUCUUCUUUAGCCCUGAAGAAGGGAUCUGGGCUGUGCAGAACCAGUUUUAUGGCCAAUUGGAGGCUCUCACUGCCCCUAAGCCAACACCCCUCUUCCAGUGCCAGGAGCCCAACAGGGUGCGGGUCUGUCUGGACUAUGCAGCAGGGCGGGUGUCAUUUUUUGAUGCUGACACUGAGGACCCAAUCUUCACCUUCCCACCAGCUUUGUUUGCUGGAGAAACAAUCCGGCCAUGGCUCUGGCUCAAGCCUUUCAUUCUAUUUGGUUCUGGUACACCCGCACUUAGACUGUGCCCCUGAGCCAGGGAUGGGAUGUUACCCAGCCAAGGGUAAUGUGGGUAUCUCUGGCCUUGUUCUAAGCAGUCUCUCUGACCCUGGAGGACUCCCCUUUACUCCUCUCUACUCUUAGGACAAGCUUAGGUUGUGUCUGUACAGACCAGACCAUGCCACUGCUGCAGCAGUAACAAGGCAUGUUGCUCCCUGGCUUUUGAGGGCUCCAGCGGGGCUGGCAGUACAGGGUCCCCUGAGGGAAGCCCCCAGCUCUGGAGCAUUGGUCUGUCUCCGACCAGAGCAGCCCAGGGCUGGGGGCUCACUGCAAAGUGCCUCUGGGCAUCCUCUGGCCAGGGAGGCCCCAGCUGGGGAUGUGUGGGAGGCAGGCUGGGUCUGGAGGUGCAGCUCUGCUACUGGGGCGCUGCUGGGCUGGUUUGGGUUGUUUUUCAUGAGCAGCCAAGGCCCCUGGGCUGGGGGUUCCCAAGGAGCUGGAUGGAGUGAGAUCCGUCUUUGCUGUAGGGGCAGAGGCUGAGAGACCGAGACAAGGAAGGGAAGGGUAGUGGGGGACUGGACAGUGCACUGGCAAGGGUGAGAUUCAGGGGCAGGUUCACAGAUGGGAGCAAAAGAGUUGUGGGGUUUGGGACACACGAGCUGUUGCUGCCACAGGGACAGAGAAUGAAUGAAGUAGGAUUUGGGAGCCUGGGGAGAAGCUGGAAGCUCCCAUCUGCUUUGAGCAAUUAAUACAGCCCUGUGCAGUAGGAUCUCAACUGGAUCUACCAAUAAAUAGCUUCUGCAGCAGGCCCCAAGCCCCUAUCCUCUGUCCGUGUGGAAGAGUUAACAGCAUUCCCAUGUUCUCAUGCCUAGAGGUGGGAGGGGAAUUCAGCCACCGUAGGCCUGAGAAGUAAUGCAGAAUACAUCUUUAAUGUGGUUUACGAGGGCUCCUGUCCAAAGUGCUGUGAACUUUGGGGGCUAACAGUGGUGCCCGGGUAGGGACAGCCCAGGUGUCAGCAGAGGGACCAGCAGAAGAAAGACAAAAUAGUGAAUUCCAAAAAACUAACUGGAGAGUCCUUGGGAAAGGAGGAGAAAGGAUGUGGGGGCCUGAUUUGCACCAUGGAGCAGAAGAUUGUAGGGACACAGAGAGAAAGGACCAUGGCUUCAAAAAAAGUGCUGGACAAAUCAGUUGGUGAAAGGAGGGAAAAGAGAGCAAGAGGGAGAUUCCCAACAGGCUUCCCAGGGCGAGGCCAGCUCCUUGGUGCCAUGUAUUAGUACGUGGAUUUCCCCAUCCCUCCCUGUCAUGAACUAAGCAGUGGGGCAUUUCACAGACAUCCCCACUAAGUUGGGUCAAUGACCAUCAUGCUUGCUCUCUUAUAAGCAACUAAAACCAAGCUCCCAUAUGUGCAUUGUUAUUGUGAAUAUAUUUGUAUGUGUUCAGCUUUAGGGUUAGACUUGGAGACUGAGGACUUCUGUUCAACAGUAGCUGAGUCCAUGCAAAGGGGAUUUUGUUAGUGUUCCUGUGAAGCACCAGGGAAGAUCUCAGAAGAGAUGAUGUGGAUUGGUUUCAGGAACUGAAUGAAGGAAAGAUGAAGUGUUAGAAAAGACUGGAUCAAAGGAGAAGUCCUUUGCUGGGAGGGAGUCACUCAUAUUUUCAGGUGAAAUAGGAGCUCGAGCCAGAGAGAGGCUGUGGGGUCUUCCUAGAGAUUAGUGGGCUGCUUGUUGAGUGAAACAAGGAAGGCACCUGGAAGCUGUUCCAAGUCAGAAGGUAGCAGUGCAGUGUUUUGGUUUGAUUUUUUGUUUGUCUGUCUGCAAGUUGAAUCUUUGUCCUGUGUUUUUCUGUCUUAUGCAAUAAACCUAUU